GAUUGUUUAACCAAAAACUGAUCAGCAAAUAACAGAAAAUAAUCAUUAAAUGCUGCCAAGACAAAUCUGCACUUUGCAUUUGCAAUACUUCUUCUGACAGAAGCUGAGAAUCAAGAAGGAACCACAUGUUUAUUAUGAACCUGAGAAUAAGUGGUGUGACUUCCAGUGUGCAAAUAUUUUACAUGAUGCACUUCAUUUUAUAACAAUUUUCCAAAAAACACAGCUCAGAUGCAGCACAAAAAAAACUCCCAGUUAAAAUCAAACUAGUUCCACUCCAUAACAGGAUUGUUUUGCAUCAUAAUGGUGGCUGUAUAGCCUGGAGGAGGAGGAGACAGCCCAGCCUAGCAUGCAAGGCGUUUUGUAUUUACCACCACAUCAUCAUCAUCAGCAGUUAAUAAUAAUGUAGUUAUAUAUCCACCAUCAGAGCUGUGUGAGUGUGGCAUGUACUGGCAGUACACUGCAUUCCUGAAGACAGCGAGCAACGCCAACAAAAAAAAAAAAAACAGCCCCAUGGUUGGACAAAAAAUGGUCACACUCAAACACAAGCUUUAAGACACCAUUUUGAAAAAAUCCACCACCGAUUUUUCUAGAUAAACUCUCUUGAAGAUGCCAUCUUGCCAAUUAUAUAUCACCAGAUUACCUCUAGUAACCAGUUAGCUAUUCAACCGUUUCUAUGGAAACCAUUUAGGAGUGCACAUAUAAAUACGAACUGUUAGCUUGUCUGCUAAGUAGCAUCCAACCUCGGCACACGCUGCUCAAAAUUGCUAAUUAUAGCUAGCUUUGGUUAAAGAUUUAGACAUUAAAAAACACUCACAUUUAUGUGGUAUAAUAUGGACUACACUUGGACAACAGCUGCUACUUUUUACCGCAAAACCACCAGCCGGUAAAACGGUUACAACAAACGAUUUUUGGGGAAGAUGGAUGAACGUCAAGAGUCAUCAUUCUGUAUCACGAAUGCCCACAACUCCAGCAGCCCCCCCAGUAGUAGACCUGGCAGUACUCCACAAUGCAACGGUGUCCCAGAGUGCCAGACCCUGUUGCGGGUGCCUGAGUCCCACGGACUCCAGCUGCUGGGCGUGCUCAGGUCAUUCAGGGAGCAAGGCUUGCUGUUUGACUUCACCAUUAAAGUCCAGGAAGACUGUUUUCCCUGCCAUCGCUGUGUCCUUGCAGCAUGCAGUGAUUUCUUCAGGGCCAUGUUUGAGGUGGAUAUGCGAGAGCGAUGUGAUGGUUCAGUGACUCUGGGUAACCAGCGUCCGGUGGCGGUGGCUUCUUUCCUGGACUUCGCUUAUUCUGGAGAGAUACUCAUCACUGAUGGCAAUGUAGACAUGCUGUUUCAGCUUGCCUCUUUUCUGCAGGUGUCAGUCUUGUCCCAAGCAUGCAGCAACUUCCUGAUAGGAACCAUGGAUCUUUGUAGCUGUCUGUCCCUCCUCUCCCUCGCUGAGGCCUACGGCUCUGCCUCCCUCCUCCAAAGUGCCAACGACUUUGUGGUCCAGAACUUCUCCGACCUUUCCAACACCCAGGACUUUCUGGAUAUGCAGGUGAAUGUGUUGGAGGCAUGCCUAAAUUCAGAUGCUCUAAACGUGCCCAGUGAGGAGGCCGUGGUGACGUCGCUUCUCAAAUGGACACGGCACGAUCUCUCUAGAAGACAAAAACUGUUGCCGGGCUUGUUAUCUCUAACCAGACUCCACCAUCUACCUGCAUCUGCACUAAAGACUCUAAGUGACUCCGACGCUCUCCUCCGCGAUGCUAAGUCCUGUCUCGCCCUGCUCUCAGAGGCUCAGAGCAGGCAGGAUCAGUACGGUGGCUUGCUCUCUGACGCCAGGCCGACCACCACGCAGAGCUACAUCUACGUCCACAAGACGGAGGAGAACGGAGAGAUCCGCCACACCUUCUGCUACUGUCUGGAGACAGAUAAGUGGAGAGAGCUGGGAACAGCUACUAUGCCAGACCCACCAGGAUCCUGCCUCACCAGCUUUGCUGAGAAGAUGUUCGUGACCGGCGGUUGCCGGGGGAACUGUUGCCGGACAAUACGGCUCCACGUGGCCGAGCCGUUCCAUGACGCCACGGACGAGGUUUGGUGCUUCUGUCCUGUGACCCUAACCUGCACGCCUGCACCUGCCAUGCUGAAGCCGAGAACCACGCACACGGCUGUGACCUGCCUGGACCGAGUGUACGUCAUCGGAGGACGGACCAAGGGAUCCAGAGGGGGAGCUCCCAGUCUUCUGGAUGUGGAGUAUUAUGACCCUCUGACCCAGACCUGGUGCUCCGUCAGCCCGCUGCCCACUGCCAUCUUCUACCCUGAGGCCAGUGCUUGUGGCAGUGUCAUCUAUACACUGGGGUCAGAGGUGGAGAUCACAGACUCCUUUAACCCCUCACUGGACUGCUUCUUCUGCUACGAUGCCCAGCAGGACCAGUGGAGCCGCCUGGUGGCAGAGUUUGGCCAGUUCUUCCAUGCUACACUGGUCAAGGCGGUGUCAAUUAAUAACACACUGCACCUCUGUGACCUGUCCACUUACAAGGUGUACAGUUUCUGUCCAGAGACCUGCGUGUGGAAGGGUGAAGGGUCAUUCGAGUGUGCUGGGUUCAAUGCAGGUGCAGUGGGUAUGAGAGACAGAAUCUACAUCCUGGGUGGAGACUAUUCACCUGACGAAAUCACCGAUGAAGUUCAGGUGUACCACAGUGGGAGGAGCCAAUGGGAGGAAGUGGCUCCGAUGCCCAGAGCGCUCACUGAGUUCCACUGCCAGCUCAUCAGCUUCAGCAGACACAGAGACCCAUGGAGUAACGCACCAUGAUACACAGCAGACACACACUCAUGAACACGUGUGUGUGUUACACAUGUCACUGAUGCAAUGAGGCUUUUAAACCUUUGUACAUGACGAACAGAGAGAAAGACAAUCUUCACCUAACACCACGUCUCUCACACACCAUCAUAACACCAGAGCA